GUCAUCCACAUGUUGACUUUGUUUUGAUUCAGUUUAAAGCAAUUUUCUUCUACUUCAAGCGAGUGUUUAUUGAAAGGAAUGGCAUACGUUGCGCUCAGUGAAGCAGAGAAAACCUUUAUAUUACAUGGCGUUGAAGAGGAUUUACGCUGUGAUGGACGUUCUCGUCGAGAUUACCGGCCAAUGGAGCUGGAAACUGGUCUGGUCAGCAAUGCCAGUGGCUCAGCACGCCUGCGAUUGGCAAAUACGGAUAUUUUAGUUGGCGUUAAAACAGAAAUUGAUGUGCCAAACCCAUUAACUCCUGAAUUUGGCAAACUGGAGUUCUUUGUCGACUGCUCUGCGAAUGCAACACCAGAGUUUGAAGGCCGUGGUGGCUCAGAUUUAGCCCAAGAAUUGAUACUGUCCCUUCAAAACGCCUACGAAUCGCCGUUGGCCUUCGAUUAUCGCACCUUGUGCCUAAUUCCGGGUCAGCAAUGUUGGAAACUGUACAUAGACAUUCUGAUCCUCGAAUGUGGUGGCAAUCUGCAUGACGCUGUCUCCCUGGCUGCCAAGGCAGCUCUCUACAACACAAAGUUGCCCCGGGUUACGGCUACUCUGCUGGAUGCCGGCGUUACGGACCUAAUAAUAUCAGAUAAUCCGUACGAUUGCACACGGAUAGGCAUUGAUGCGGUGCCUCUGCUAGUUACAGUGUGCAAAAUUGGUGAUUACUGUCUGGUAGAUCCAACUGCAGAGGAGGAAGUCUGCAGUGCAGUCAGCAUGGUUGUAUCCGUCUCCAUGCGCAAUGAUACAGCAUAUCUCUCCGGCACACAUAUGACUGGCGGCGGUUCUAUGCACAGGGAUACCAUGCUGAACUGCAUUCAACUUGGUCUCUCCAUGGGUGAGCAACUGAACAAGUUGCUGGUAAAGAUGCUUAAAUCUGAGGAAGACCGUGUGGGACCCAAGCGACCCAAGACGGUCGGGUUUCUUAAAUAAAUGCACAUUGAUUUGGUAUGAAA